AUGAGCUCAACGACUGAAGCAACGGCAUAUGAUCCAUGUUCCGGAUGCGAAAUGCCAUGUUCAAAACAUGCUAGUUAUCCACCGGAAAUAGCUAAAGAAAUCGAUCAAGGUAAAAUGGUUGGUUCUGUUGAAAAGCAUCGUCGUCAUUUAUGUAUUGGUCAAUCUAUUCCACCAUCACAAUGGCCAUCGGACAUUAAAGAUCUACAUGGCGACUAUGUCGCAGAAUUAACUCGAGUUUUAAAAGAAAAAAAAGAUGGUAUAGGCUAUGCCGUUAAAUUAACAUCGGCAUCGGUUGUUACAACAGCAACAACAACAGCAGAUAAUCCAUCGCAAAUAGCUGAUUUGUACUUAUUUCCUGAUCAAAUUAAAAUAGCGAAUGUUCACAUUGAACAAAUCGAACAAGUCGUUCAAACAUUAUUUGUCGAAGAUCAAUCGAUUAUCAGAAUCAAAGACAAAGAAAAGACCAUCGAAGAACAACUCAAAGAAAAUAAUAAUCUACCUUCUUUUGAUGACAAUAUUAUUUGUGAAAGAUUAGAAGGAGUCUGGCUACUGGUUUGUUGUCAUUAUCAACGAGAUCAACGAUGCGGCGUUAUCGGACCAAUGAUAGUCGAUGAAAUAGAAAAAUACGUUCGUGAAGCAGAUCUUAGUGAUAAGGUCCAUUGGUUAAAAGUCAGUCAUCUUGGUGGUCACAAAUUUGCUGGUAAUGUAAUUGUUUAUCCGUCGGGUACAUGGUAUGGGCGUGUUUUAACUUGUCAUAUUCCAUUAUUGAUCGAUGCAUAUACAUCAUCAUCGGAAGAGUUGAAAUCAAAACUACAACCUCUCUUUCGUGGCCACCUAGAUACUGCUUGGUGA